CAUUCAAGAUCAUUCCUCUUCGAUUAUCAUCAAUCAUGAUCUCCGUCGUAAUCAUGGCUGAGCUUCUGGUUGAGUACACGACAGCUCUCGCUAAACUCACCGUCGGGAUUCUUCCGAGGCGAGAAGGCGACGGAAACUUUAUACGGAUAGGCAACUUCUCCUUGUAUUGUCCUCCUAGAUCGUCGCCAGUUCCAGACUUCUCUGCGCAUCUUGUCGAUUUCUGAUACCUGACGAGUGUCCAUCCUUUUUUUUUCUUAUAUUCUUUAUUGAUCGAGUAGAUGAGUAACAGCUGAGGCUUCUUUUUUUUUC